AUGUCCUCCCAACAAGGCGGCGUGGACGUGUCGACGCUCUCCGUCCAACAACUCUCGGCCCUCCAGGCACGGCUGUCCCAAGAACUCGAACACCUGAGCUCCUCCUACCAGCGCCUCCGGGCCGCCCAAUCCCGCUUCAGAGAUUGCAUAAGAAGUAUAAAGGAUGGAAUACAGGGCAAGAGCGGCGAGACACCACUCCUCAUCCCGCUGACGACAUCUCUCUACGUUCCCGCGACGCUGGCGAGCUCUACAGACCCAUCUCCCGACUCUGGCAAAUCGUCCAAGCCAUCCGUCCUCGUCGAUGUUGGCACGGGUUUCUUUGUCGAGAAAUCUCCAGAAGAUGGCAUCAGUUUCUACAAGGGAAAGGUGGAUGACCUGACCAAGAAUCUAGUAGAGAUUGAAAAAGCCGUAGGAGCAAAGAAUGAAAAUUUGAGAGUAAUUGAAGAUGUUCUGAGGCAGAAAAUGCUCGCUGAACAGGCCAGCGGGUCAGGCGUGGGCCGGGCCCAAGCACAAGCAAGUGCAGGAUAA